ACCUACAGUUAAAACUCCCACAAACACUUUCACAAGCAAAGGCAGUUGGCAAUAGUAUUGCUAGCACUCUCAAAAUGGACUCUAUUUUUCUUUUUUCCAUGUUUGUUUUAAUGAUUCUGUUCACAGUCUCAAAGCUUCUACAACUUUCCUAGGAGAUACUUUUCUUUAUUGGCAUGGAUUAGAGCCACAUCUCUGCAUUUCAGACCCUAAGCUAGCCAAACAAAUACUAUCAAACAAGUUAGCUUUCUACGUAAAACCUCAAACUGAGCUUGGAUUGCUAACAAUGAUGGGGAAAGGAUUGGUAUAUGUUGAAGGAUUGGAAUGGAUUAAGCACAAAAGAAUCAUCAACCCUGCCUUCUCCGUUGAAAAGCUCAAGGUCAUGGUAAAGAGAAUGGCAGCUUGUGCCAUCUCUAUGCUUGAAGAGUGGAAAGAUCUACUUACAAUGAGUAAGGAUGGAUCCAUUAUGAUAGAAAUGAACGUAGAAUUUCAAAAACUAACCGCCGACAUAAUUGCCCAUAUUGCCUUUGGAAGUAACUACAUGCAAGGAAAUGAGGUAUUCGAAGCAUAAAGACAACUUUAGGAGUGGUGUGCUAUUGCCAGUUUUGAUAUCUUCAUCCCUAGCACCUCGUAAUUAUCAUAGUUUGAAAUUUUGAUUUUCUUCUUUAAAUUUGGAAUUCAUAUAUAAAGCAUUUGAACCUUU